AUGACUUCAACCGCAGUGAGAGUCGCCUUGCGUGUUCGUCCUCUUGCACAACGAGAACAACUCACAAAUUGUACAGAAUGUCUCUCAUUCAUUCCUAAUGAGCCUCAAAUUCUCAUUGGCACAGACAAGUCAUUUACAUACGACUAUGUCUUUGACCCAAAUACACCUCAAAACGAUGUUUACAAAAAGGCAGCUGGUCCACUAUUAGAUAAAUUUGUAGACGGUUUCAACGCCACCAUUCUUGCUUAUGGUCAAACAGGCUCUGGAAAAACAUAUAGCAUGGGCACAGGCCUCGAGAAUCCAGCGGAUACUGAAAAUGAAGGCAUUGUUCCUCGGUGUAUCAUUGAUUUGUUUCAAAGCUUAGAAGAGCGUGCACAACGUAGUGCCGACUUUAAAUAUGAAGUCUAUGUCUCUUUUCUGGAGUUGUACAAUGAAGAGCUCAUCGAUCUCCUCAACCCACAUACUUCCCAUAAACGCAAAAACCAUUCUUCACCGGGCCAUAAUUCCAUGUCUCAUAACAACAACAAUAACAAUAUUCCAGCUGCUGCUGAAGUAACCAUUCGAGAAGAUGUUGCCGGCAAUAUCUACUGGAGCGGUGUAAAAGAAGAACUAUGCACGUCCCCAAAAGAGCUUUUAGGAUUUCUUGAAAAGGGCUCGCUUUGUAGAACAACUGGAUCAACAGAUAUGAACAGUGUUUCCUCUCGUUCUCACGCUGUCUUUUCUGUUAUCCUCAAACAGCAACGGCCGCAAGAAGAAGCAGAAAAUCAUGAUCGUUCUUCUUCUCCUUUGGGUGCAACAAAAAAAUUACAAUCCUUGACCAGCAAAUUCCACUUUGUAGAUCUUGCAGGCUCUGAACGUCUUAAACGAACAAACGCACAAGGCGACCGAGCCAAGGAAGGAAUAGCCAUUAAUGCUGGUCUGUUGGCACUUGGAAACGUUAUCUCGGCCCUGGGGGACGAAUCUCGCCGGACAGCCCAUUCAGACCCUCAUGCUGGCCUGUGUGUCGCCUGCUGA